GGCAACAACUGAGCCCUACCUACUAGGUUUUAUAGCCACCCAUUUAACUGAUAGAGCACAACUCUCUCUCUCUCUCUCUCUCCCCCUCGCUCGCUCGCUCGCUCACUCAUCUGAAAUGAAGGGAAUCUGUAUGAGAAUAUCUUGGGAUUGAAGGAAAUCUCUCCUUUGGCAUCACUCCUUAGCCUGCUUAUUACUAUCUAUACUUCAGGAACUGAUCCAAGGAAAGGUUGGGACUGAAGGGAUCCCGAGGAGCAACUCACCUCGACAACCAUCGUAUGUCUCCUGUACUUUAGGUUUAAUGACAACCAAGGAAGAUAAGGUCCGUUAGUGAUAGUAGGAAUUCUCAUGUUCUUAGAAGGAAAGAUAAGUGGUAAAGAUGAAGUACAUGAAACUUGGAACAAAGCCAGACAUUUUCUACACAGAAGAAGCUGUGAGAUCAGUGUUGUCGGAUGUACCAACUGACAUUAUCAUACAUGUUAACAGCACGAAAUACCUAUUGCAUAAGUUUCCGCUUCUCCUGAAGUGUGGCCUCCUGCAACGCCUUUGCUCCGACGCCGAUGACGAUUCCGACCAACCGAUCCCCAUAGCUCUUCACGAUGUCCCAGGAGGGGAAGAAGCAUUUGAGCUAUGCGCAAAGUUCUGUUAUGGAAUCACCAUCAAUCUUAGCGCUCACAACUUCGCGCAGGCAAUCUCUGCAGCCAGGUUCCUACGGAUGACUGAGUCGGUUGCCAAGGGAAAUGUCAUCGUGAAGCUCGAGUCGUUCUUCGACUCAUGGAUCCUCCAGGGCUGGAAGGACCCAAUCGUAACACUCCAGUCUGUAGGGAAGCUGUCAGGUUGGUUAGACAAUCCUAGGAUUGUGCAACCAUGCAUGGAUGCCAUUAUUGAAAAAAUCCUUGCAGAACCAUCAAAGGUUACAUGGUCCUACACAUACACCAGGCCAGGCUACAGCAAGAAGGAUCGCCAUUCUGUCCCCAAGGACUGGUGGACUGAGGAUGUUUCCGAGCUCGAGCUCGACCUCUUCCGUUCGAUAAUCUCCACCGUCCGGGUGACCAAGAAGCUACCUCCAGCACUCAUCGGAGAAGCUCUCCAUGUCUAUGCAUGCAAGCACCUCCCAGAUCCAAUGGAGACCCAAGGCCUGCUAGCUCAAAGCUCCACGGCCCGAACCGAAGAAACCCUUGCCAAGGGCAAGCGUGUGCUGGAGUCCAUUGUCAGCAUGAUUCCAAGCGAACGAGGCUCGGUCUCUGGCAGGUUCUUGUUAAGGCUGCUCAAAAUUGCUAACCACGUCGGGGCUUCGUCAUCCACCAAAGCCGAGCUAGUUAGGCGAUCAGGCCGGCAAUUGGAUGAAGCAAUGCCAGGCGAUUUGCUCAUUCCACUGCCUUCGAACCCACAGGAAUAUGAUGUUGGUAUAGUCGAAGCAGUAUUAGAGAAUUUCCUGAUUCAACUUCGGCGGCCCAUACCUCCAGAGGAGAAUGGGAGGAUGCUUGGGUCGAUGGCGAGGGUGGCAACGAUCUUCGACUCCUACUUGCAAGUCAUUGCACAAGAUACUGAUUUUCCAGUGUCAAAAUUCUGCGAUCUUGCAGAAUUCUUACCAGAAAUGGCACGACAAGAGCAUGACGGACUCUAUCGAGCCAUCGACACUUACCUCAAGGAGCACCCAGACUUGAGCAAGGCAGAAAGAAAGAGGCUCUGCCAGAUGAUUAACUGCCAAAAGCUGUCCCCUGCAGCACGCUCGCAUGCAAUAGGAAACGAUCGCCUGCCAUUGCGCACGAUAGUGCAACUCCUGUUUGUAGAACAGGAGAGGGCAGGUGGAGCCGGCAGCAACCACGGGGUUCCUCCCGUUCGAUCAUCAAAUGAGGUCUCAGCUGCAAGGGUGACUCAGGAUGAUGGUAGAAGGCCGAGACAGGGGUCGGAUGAAGGGCUUCAACACAGAGGAGAGCCAGUACAAGGUAGAAGGGUCAAGAGUGUAGAGAUGCGGAGGAUGGGGAGAUCGACAUCAGAGUCUAGAAUGACCAGGAAGGAGAAGGAGAGAGCAGUGGAGAAAGGGGAAGGAUCUGGGAGCAAGAUCAGGCUCAACCAAUAAAGCUGAAGAAGGGAUGAAAAAUAUGAUGAUGAUACCAGUAUCACAUCCCCACUCGACCUGGCAUUGCAACAAAAAGGGGCGGAAAAGAUAAACAUGGGGAGGGGGAUCAAGUUUGUUAAUACUUGAAAAGAUCUCCAUGUUAUUUUUUUUUUUUUUUUUUUUUUAACUUUUUUGAAUUCUUUUUGGAUCUAGAGACCAUGGAGAAUUUGUUUGGAAGGUAAAUUUUGUAAUUAUUUGACCGAGCAGCAGAUGAUAGAUCAUUUAACCUUGAAAUGUCAA